AUGGCCAACGAAGCCCCCAGGCCGAAACUCCUCUGGAACUCGGACAAUGUCAAGGACGUUGCCGAAUCUGUCGGCAUCAGCUCGCUCAACGACGAAGCCCUCAAGGCGCUUACCCAAGACGUCGAGUACCGCAUCGGCCAAGUCAUCAUCGAGGCCCUCCGCCUGAUGCGCGCCGCCCGCAGAACCACCCUCUCCGUCAACGACGUCUCCCUGGCCCUCAAAGUCCUCGACGUCGAGCCUCUGUACGGAUAUGACUCUACAAGACCGCUUCGUUACGGCGAGGCGAGCCUGGGCCCCGGCCAACCGCUCUUCUACAUUGAAGACGAGGAGGUGGAUUUUGAAAAGCUCAUCAACGCACCGUUACCCAAAGUCCCUCGCGACAUCAACUUCACGGCCCACUGGCUCGCAAUCGAGGGCGUCCAGCCGUCAAUCCCACAGAACCCAACGACGGCCGAAUCGCGCUCCCAGGAACUGCUCCCCAAGGGCCCCGGCGCAAACCCUGCCCUCGCCGCCCUCGCCGGCAACGACAACGUCGCCCUCAAGCCCUCGGUCAAGCACAUUGUCAGCAAAGAGCUCAUACUCUACUUUGACAAGAUCCAGGCCGCCAUCCUCGACGAUAACCCCGACGAGGAAGUCGUCCGCCUGCGCCGCGCAGCCAUCGGCUCUGUCCGCGACGACCCGGGCCUGCACCAGCUCGUCCCCUAUUUCAUCAACUUCAUCAUGGACCGAGUGACGCACCACCUCGACGACACCUUUACCCUGCGGCAAAUGAUGGAGCUGACCAACGCCCUCAUCGAAAACAAGAGCCUCUUCCUGGAUCCCUACGCCUCGUCCUUGUCCGCCCCGGCACUGACGUGCCUCAUGGCCCGGAAGCUCGGCACAGACGAUGGCGUCGACGCCAUGAAGGACCAGUACGACUUGCGACAGCUGGCCGCGUCGCUGGUUGGGCGCAUCGCUCGCAAGUACUCGGCAUCCAACACCCUGCUGCGUCCCAAGCUCACUCGCACGUGUCUCAAGUACUUCCUGGAUCCGACAAAACCGCCUGCCGUGCUGUACGGAGCCGUCUACGGACUGCUCGAGGCUGGUGGUCCCGAGGCCAUUCGCGUCCUGGUGCUGCGCAACAUGAAGACGUUUGACUCGGCUAUUUUGCAGCCCAUGAAGGAGAGGUCCGAGGGCAGCAUCGAAUACGAGAUGCUUGUCCAGGGUCUCGUGCAGGCGGUUGCGUCGCUGGCCCAGCACGGUGAACUGCGUGCUCCGAACGGCGUCAGCGGCACCGCGUCGGACUCGGACAUGUCGGAACUGAGCGAGUUCAUUGGGCCCAUUGUGGCGGGGAAGAUUGCAGCGGCAGGGAAUGGUGCUUUGGUGAGGACGAUUCUCGAUGCUCGAUCGCUGGCGUGA